GCUCAUCCCACUAAGUAGGACAAAAGUGCUUAGAAGAUUCUCGUUAGAUCCCCACGUUUUCCCACGUUAUUUGAGCUCUCUCGAUCCCAAUAGAAGAUCAAAAACACGAACAAAGUUCUCGUUCCCAAGCGAUCAAAAUCACUGAUAAUUCUAAGUGGAAGAUCACAUGAAAGUUCCGCAGUACGGGUCUGAAAAGCGAUCUCUCAGUUCUUCAUGACGCAUAGAAACAACUGUGGCGAGUUGGUGUUAUGAAAAUGCCAUAUACAACUAGAGAAUGGCGACGAGAUGAUGUACCUCCCAACCAUGUAAUUUUCCAACUCCUGUGAUAAAGAUAUUUUUUCAGUUCUCAGCAGUGGGGAAAACAAGGGUGAUGUCUUUUUUCUAUGACCUAAACUAAGUUAGUAGCGCGGGACCGGUUACAAGUCGACCCUAAGUCAGAAGAUCAAUACAUUUCCACUUGACGACGACGACCACUCUGAGUUUUCUUUCUUUUUUUCUUAUUCAGAAGAUACUAGAUAGUUGUAGAAGUUGAGUUAAAUCAAUCUGGGUCUUCAUUCACAUUGACAUUUUUAUCUUUUCCGGUCCCUCACCGUGGAUUAUUCACAUCUCUUUUGUUUUACCUUAGUCGGACUUUUAGUUUUACCUAGAAUUUCACAGAACAAUGACGUCUUUUGGCAACCAGGGUGAGGAAGACCUGGGCGACAGCGAGGUCCGCACCUAUGCCUUCCAGAAUGAGGAUCAUACGUUAGGAAACGUCCUUCGGUAUGCGCUAAACAAACACCGGGAUGUCGAUGGAGCGGGCUACAAUAUUCCACACCCUAGCGAACAAAUCCUAAAUCUUUGGGUGCAAACCAGACCUGGCACCAACGUCGACGUCGCUGUGCGAGAAUGUACUUUUUUGGUUUUUCCUUAGCGAUGCUGCCUUAACUAUAGUUUGCUGAUGGUAAUGUAAAACUAUUUUUCUAAAAAGAAUUUUCAUAUCUUAGACCUAGGGACAACCUCCUGUCAAUCGCUUUCAUGUGAAUAUUUCCCCACCUCACAGCAUUGGAAAACGUGCAAGACAUGUGCGACCAUCUGAGUAGUGCAUGGCACGUAGCCGUACGAGACUGGGAAGCAAAGAAGAAAACCGAACAAGCCGCCUCAGCGUCCGCAGACGACAUGGAAAUAGAUCCAGAAGCCACGGAAAAGGACACGCGAAAAAAGAAGAAGAAAAGGAAGGAUGAACAAAUGUAGGAGGAUAAACGAUCCUGAUCAGCCUGAUAAGAAGAAGGGUACCGACUUGCAAUGCUGCUGGACGAACUGUUUCGUCUUCCCACAGCAAUAUUGCCCACAGGGAUAUUGAAUCACGGAUUCCUCCUCUAUUACUUAUUUACGACAAACGCUUAUAGACUUAUAACAAAACGUCAAAACACGUAAAUAA